CACCGUAAUUGAUAUGUGAACCAAGCUCUAUUCCUCCCUGAAACCCCCUCAAUUUCGGCUGGAACCUGUCGCCAAUGUGUAAAUGGCUAGAAGGACAUCGCCAUGUCUUCAAGCAAUGCGCCAGGUUCAUUAGGCAGAUCUGAACGCCAAACCCAGCACGCUGCAAACUCCCAGAAGAGAACGGAAAGAAGCCGGAGAUACACGCGGGAGACAGUGACCGUUCGAACCAGGAGCCCCGUGAAGAUUGUCGACGCGAGGACAGAACCACAGGCACAGAAUCGGGGUCAGCCAGAUAUUGCUCCUGGGACCGCUUCGACUACACCUUCUGCAGCUACUUCAAAUGCCUCAGAUAUAGCGAGAGUAUGGACUCCACAGGCGUCACUUAUCACCCAUUCCUCGGCGCCGUUGGCAUCGAGAAUUUCCCAUCCUCCGCGUGCCUCUCUAGCUCCUCAAAGCAUCCGGCCGAGGCCGCUCAAUGAGCUAUCGCUGGAGGCUCAAGAGAGAGCCAUCCUCGAUGACCUUCUAUUUGUUUUCAUGGGAUUUGAGGGCCAGUAUAUCCAAUAUGCUGAGUCGUACAAUCCUCUGGAGGAAAAAGAUCGGCUGACUGGUCCCCUCUUCCGGAUAUUACCAGGCCUUGAUCCAAGUCUACGGGAUCUCACCUUAUCAAUGCUUAAGAUAGCUACUCAUUACAUCGCCAUCGAAACCUUCGUCGAGGUCCAGAGCCGAGAAGAGUAUGGAAUGGUCAAUCAUGCGCUUUGCGCAGCAGUUCGAAAACUGCUGAAAGACUAUCUAACGCUCAUCGCACAGCUGGAGCAUCAAUUGUUUACAAAUGCGACGUUCACACUUCACUUGCUCAAUUUGCACAUCAAACCCACAAGUCACAUGCUUUUCCAGCUGUACGCGUUCGGCAUUGAAGUGCUUAAGGCCAAUUCCAUCCUCGAAGACGAUUCGGACGAUUCUUUGGAUGAAACGGAAAAUCUGGACGGUAUUCUCGAGUCCUUGCGCGAGGGGGCAGGCCAAUUACCAGGAAAGAAAACAUGUAAAGGAGGAGCGGUCCUCGGACUGAUCACCAAGCGAUUGGCGGCCAUGGCUGGAGAUCCGGCCGCAAGAGAACUUCUGACCACUCUCUUGCGGGAAUCAAGUCGACCAUAUAUGGCCAUGUUGAAUGAAUGGCUGCAUCAUGGAGGGAUCAAAGACCCACACAACGAGUUCCUGAUCAAGGAGCAGAAGAGUAUCAGGAGAGAGAAACUAGACCAGGACUAUACGGACGAAUAUUGGGAGAAGCGAUACACGAUCCGUGAGAGUCUAGUCCCGCCUCAGCUCGAGUCUGUUCGCGACAAAGUGCUCCUCGCUGGCAAGUACCUCAACGUGGUUCGUGAAUGCGGUGGGGUCGACGUCAGCAAAGAGUUGAAAGAUGUCCCAACCACAUUCGAUGACCCUCGGUUCCUGGAGAAUGUCAGCAAUGCCUACGCGUACGCGAAUGCGUCGUUGCUGGACUUGUUGUUGAAGACCCAUGCUCUGCCGGCUCGGCUGCGUUCGCUGAAGCAUUACUUCUUCCUUGAUCGAUCGGAUUUCUUCACGUAUUUCUUAGAGCUCAGCACUUCGGAGCUGCGAAAGCCAGCCAAGAAUGUCAACGUCGGGAAACUUCAGUCGCUGUUGGACAUUGUCCUGCGACAGCCUGGCAGCGUUGCCGCGGAAGACCCUUUCAAGGAUGACGUGAAAGUUCAGAUGAACGAGAUUGGUCUGACCAGUUGGUUGAUGAAGAUUGUCAACGUCACUGGACUGGACCAAGAUGCUGCUACCGGGAGCAUUUCGAAUUAUCUGACACCGGCGACGCUGCCGACAUCUGCCGAUGACAAGGAGAUCACGGGGUUCGAUGCUCUCGUCCUUGACUAUGCCAUGCCAUUUCCUCUCUCCCUUGUCGUUAGUCGCGUUACCUUAACCCGCUAUCAACUCCUCUUCCGGUACCUACUCUCGUUGCGCCAUCUCGAGACUCUACUGGCUGGCAGCUGGGUCGAUCAUAACAAGUCCAUGGCAUGGAAGCAUCGAAGCUCGAAUCCAAAGAUCGAGCUUUGGAAGCGUCGAGCGUUCACUUUGCGGGCGCGAAUGCUCAUUUUCGUCCAACAGCUACUCUAUUAUUGCACAGCGGAGGUCAUUGAGCCGAACUGGCUGGCAUUGAUGGCUCGGCUGGAUGCUGGAAAGGCCGACGAUCAGGAGUCAUUGGGAUCAUCGCAGGUGCAGAGGACUGUUGAUGAGCUUAUGCAGGAUCAUGUAGACUUCCUAGCAACAUGCUUGAAAGAGUGCAUGUUGACGAAUUCGAAACUCCUGAGGAUCAACUCGAAGAUUCUCUCGACGUGCACGAUGUUUGCUAAUUACACUGCUUCGCUAUCUCGAUACCUCAUCGCCGCUGAUAGCGAGCUUGCCGGCUCAAAUUCCGCCAAGCCUUCUGGCCGAUCCCACCAUCAUAGCUCUUCCAUCUCCUACGAUCCAUCAAAGCUCGACAAACUAGUGGACCUUCUUCAAAAAUAUGAAGAGAACUUCACGAGGCACCUGAGAGUGCUCCUUGAUACCCUGAACUACCUUGCCGCCACCGAAACGGUGGUCUUCCUAAGCUUAUGCGCCCGACUGAGCACCGCGAAUGAAGGACUUGGGAAUGAGAGGGAUUCGAGGUCAUACGCAUAGAACCAAUCUCCCGAACGGGAGUUUAUGUUUUGAAGAAUUGGGACCUGACGUGAAAUGACUCUGAAACGUGUUCAUGUCCGCGUGAU